AUGAGAUCCAUCAACGCAUCUGAGAAUCGCUCAAAAUUCAUUAUGACGGCAGAGGCUCUGAACAAUGCACUGCCUGACUUUCACAUGGCUACAAGAGCCAUUCAUGCCGAUGAUUUUGUCAGUCCCCACCGCGCCAUUGCACCUGGCAUUCAUACCGCGGUGAACUUCCGCUAUGCACGCGAUCCAGAUGAGCUAGUGCCCGAGGAGAAUAAAGAUCCAAAUGCGCCCUUUGAUUCCCACAUAUAUUCCCGCUACACAGCACCCAAUGCCAAUCGCUUGGAGGUCUUGUUGCGUAGCCUCAUGGGCGGUGAAGUAAUCACGUACUCGACGGGACUUUCAGCUUUUCAUGCCAUGCUCAUCCUCCUCAACCCAAAGCGAAUCUUCAUUGGAGAGGGAUACCAUGGAUGCCACAGUGUUGUGGACAUUAUCCACAGACUUACAGGCAUCCAAAAACUGGAUCUAACGCAGAUCGAUCAAGCCGGCCCAGGGGAUAUCAUCCACGUCGAAACGCCACUCAACCCUACCGGCGAGGCGCGCAAUCUCGCCUACUACCGUGCCAAAGCGAGCGAGAAGGGGGCCUACCUAACAGUGGACUCGACUUUUGCUCCGCCCCCGCUGCAGAACCCCCUGGAGUUCGGAGCCGACAUUGUGAUGCACAGUGGAACCAAGUACGUGGGCGGUCAUUCCGAUAUGCUUUGCGGGAUCUUGGUUAUUCACCCCCGCCGAGUUAAGGAGGGAUGGUUGAAAACGCUCCGUACGGAUCGCCAAUACAUCGGUAGUGUCAUGGGGAGCUUUGAGGGCUGGUUGGGGAUCCGGUCUGCUCGCACCAUGCAGCUCCGUGUGACUAGACAAGCUCAAACGGCAGAAAGACUGGCUAAGUGGUUACAGGACCAGCUGAAGGACGAAACGUCUCCUAUUGCAAAGGUUCUGAGCCAUAUCCAGCACGCCUCGCUCCAGGAGGAUGACUUGAAGAACGGCUGGCUGCAGAAGCAGAUGCCGGGAGGCUUUGGGCCUGUUUUUGCUGUUUGGACGAAGAACCCCGAGCAUGCGCGCCGGCUUCCCAGCAGGAUGUUUAUCUUCCAGCACGCAACUAGUCUUGGGGGGGUUGAGAGUCUGAUGGAGUGGCGGGCCAUGAGUGACGCACGUUGCGACCACAGAUUGUUACGAAUUAGCUGCGGGAUCGAAGAGUUUGAUGAUAUGAAGGCUGAUAUUCUGCAAGGACUGGAGUCGCUAUUACGGGACUUUCCCUAA